AUGGCAUCCGCUCCUAGAGGUCGUCUCCAAGGCAAGAAUGCCAUCAUCACCGGUGCAGCUGGCGGUAUCGGCCUCGAAACCAGCAUCCUCUUCGCCCGCGAAGGCGCCAACAUCCUAAUGGCCGACAUCUCGGCCCCAGCCCUCGAAAAAGCCCUCGCCAAAGUCAAGGAAGUCGUUCCCACCGCUCCCCGCGUCGAAACCAUCAAAUGCGACGUCUCCAAGGAAUCCGACGUACAAGCCAUGGUUGAGUCCCAGGACAGCUGGGGCGGCACGGACGUCAUCUUCAACAAUGCGGGCAUCAUGCACGCCGACGAUGCCGACGCCGUCGAUACCCCCGAGAAGAUUUGGGAUAUGACGCAGAACAUCAACGUCAAGGGUGUGUGGUUCGGAUGCAAGCAUGCCGUGCUGAGUCUGCGUCGUCACAAGAAGACCAAGGGCAGCAUCAUCAACACGGCGAGUGUGGUGGCCUUGGUGGGAAGUGCUACGCCUCAGUUGGCGUACACGGCUAGUAAGGGUGCUGUGUUGGCGUUGACGCGUGAACUGGCUAUUGUGCAUGCGAGAGAGGGAUUCCGGUUCAAUGCGCUGUGUCCGGCGCCGUUGAACACUCCCCUCCUGCAAGACUGGUUGGGUGACGACAAGCCCAAGCGCUUCCGGCGGGAGGUGCACUUCCCCACUGGUCGGUUCGGAGAGGCUAUUGAGCAGGCUCAUGCCGUGGUGUUUUUGGCUAGUGACGAGAGCAGUUUCGUCAAUGGUAGUGACUUUGUUGUGGAUGGUGGAAUGUCCAAGGCGUAUGUUACUCCAGAGGGCCCGGCCACUGUCGCUCCUCAGAACCUGGGGCAUUAA